AAAGGGGAUACGCAUACUCCAUUUCGAAACUACUAGCUUACAUCCUCAUCCCCAAAAGGUUGCUGGUUCAACGCGGCAAACGAAGAAGAAGGAAAAAAAAGAACAAGGAAAGAAAAAUGACAGACAUCAUCCCGUGCAAAAAAGCCUCGCACUUGCCCAAAGGACAAAGCAGUCCACACGAGUCCACAAAUGCUUCAAUAGCCUGAACAAGCCCAAUCAAAAGGCCACUGAUAGCUUCCCACCAUCCAACCCGCCUUAGACAAUCCAGACUAUCCUCGCCACAGAGACCCUUUUGUAGAACAUGCAACAACCAUAAAACGUAUCCAGGCCGUUAGUCAUGCCCCUGGUGCUUUUUUUCUCCUGAUAUCAUGUUUCUUGUCCCCAUCUCUGCUAGCCUACCAUCGCGCGCCUUUUCUUUUGCCCUGCUACAACCUGCGCCUCUUCUUGUCGCCAGCAAGUCCAAAAAGCCAGAGUCGUCAAAAGGUCGCAUCGUCCGCCACGGAGCGUCGACCGCAGUCUCCCUUUGCAUCGCGCGCAACGGUACUCGAAUUACAAAGAAUGAAGGACAGGACUGUGUACAAAUCGUCAAAGGCCGUCGGAAAGCCAAAGAGUGGGUAACGAAAUCGAGAUCGAGUAUAUGUUUCGCGUCGUGAGGCAUCGGACUCGGGGGAGGGGGGUACCACUGCCAUCAUCUAACG